AUGGAUUACCUCAAGCAUCUUCCUCCCCUUCCGUCACGGGACCGCGCCGUCCAAGCCGCCGUCCUUACUGGAACAUCGACCCUGGCAUUGAGCGCACUCAUCUGGUGCAUUCGAGACUACCAUGCUUUCCUGGCUCUUGGUCCUGGUGGCGUUCCAUAUAAUCUCGGCGGUUGGGCUUUUGUUACCAUGAUAAGAUUGUUCGCUCUGUCGAAGCGCGGCGCCACCCAGGUCUCAGACUAUCCAAUCGAUGGCGCACAUGAAGAUAUCAAGAGUUUACCCAACAGGAAGGGCGAGCGCGCGGCCGUCGGGGGGAUCAUCCCGCAUCGUCAGCUUUCACAGUAUCCACCUGAUGAGAUGAAGCCGUACAUCACAAAUUUGUUCAAGAAUAUCGUUGUACAGAACAGCGAUCUCUUAGAAGAACGCCUUUCCCUGUACGAGAAACACAAUCCUGCGCUUUUUCUGCGCGAGGAAGUCCUCGCGAAUAAGGACCCAGCAGCUCCUAGACCGCCUCAAACGGCUUACACUUCCCGCGGAGAAUGUGGGCAUGUCCACCCUGAUUACUCACUCCAUCUAUACCUAUCUCCGGCCGAUGCUCGACUCGUGAUCGAGAAGGGCUGGGCCGAGCGACACAGGUUGGCAAAACCGAAAACGGCAAAUUUCAAUUUCGAGAAAGCCUUCGUCGCCAGUACAUACCUCAUGAUCUACGGCCCCCGCGACACAGAUGAAGUCGAAGUGGUGCGCAAAAUCCUGCAAAACAGCAUUCGUUUCAUGUCUGGAAGAGAGGAUGUCGAAGCACCGGAAUGGAAGGUGGCUCUAGCUCCUUAA